AUGAGGGUCUUCAUAUGCUUUGAGGGGUCCUGUGAGCCUUUUGACAUCCCUCCUGAUCAGACAGUGGGGGCCAUGAAGCAGAUGUUGAAGGAUAACUUUCUUGUGCAACUCACCAAUGAAAAGCAGUACCUGGAGCUGAGCUACGGCGGUGCAGCGCUGCAGGACAGCUGGGCUCUGUGCGACGUGGGCAUCACAAGUGGCAGUGCCAUCCGAUGCCUGAUAAAGAGUAAACAAAGGCCUGUGAUGUAUGUGUUCAAUGCUGUGACAGGAGAAACCUUACCAAUCAGGGGAAGUGAGGCUCUUCCGCAUAUGUCCGUCGCUAGAUUGAAAACUGUGGUGUCCAUGCAAAGUGGCCUCCCUGUCAGCACCUUCAAACUGAGCACACCUACUGGUGUACAACUCUAUGACUGCAACCACCUGGAGGACUACGCCAUUAAAGUGGGCACUACUCUCCGUUUGGACACGUGGGACGGGUGGGUGGAGUUUCUUCAGGGUUGCCUCCUGGGCUACAGAUUGACAGUCCAGAGCCACCUAUCAGAGAAUAAGCCAGAAAUUAGGUUUCAGCUGCAGGUAGCACUCUACAUUGCUGCCUCUUUAGGCCACCUGGAUCUGGCAGACUGGUUGCUGGAGAGAGGUAUGCAUGCUGAGGAACCAGUGGGAGUCCAUCCGUACCGCCAGUGGUGCCACCAAACCGCCCACCGAGACACCGGAAAGUGUCCCAUCCACAUAGCUGCAGAGAACAGUCAGCUCCUCAUCCUCAAACUCUUUAUCACCAAGAACCUUUUGACCUUGGCUUGUCUGGACCCUGCAGGUCGUGACCCUUUGAAAGUUGCUAUUCAGCGUGGUCACAGGGAUUGUGUGCGCUACUUAGCCAACAAGCUGUGCUCAGUAGUUUCCCUGCCAAGCGUGUCCCUGCCCAUGCGCGUUUACCUCCAGAUUAAACGCUGGGUGCAUUUGGGGCAGAAAAGGGCAGCCUCCAAUCGAUGCCAGUACACCAAUGCAGCCCUCAAAGCCAGGGUGGAGGAUAUGUUGCUAGUAGAUGGCUUCAACCCACCAAAUAUGUCUUCCAAAUCUAGGAAGGCUGUGAUCAGACCAAGUGGAGGAAUUAAGGCCAAAGCUUUGCAGCCUUUACCUCCAAUCAGCAACUUACUUUCAGUGCAACAAAUCCCGUCCAAAAGGGCCCCACCACGACAACUCUCCAGCUUGCAGUCUGUGAACCCUGGUGGCUUUAAAGAAAUGCAGAAAAACCGUAAACAAGAUGUGCAAAGUAAUGACGAUGGCCUAUUGGAUGAACUCAGUAAGGAAGACCGCAGCUUAUGCCAGGGCAAGUUUAUACUGCCACCAAUCACCAACAGAGAAAGAGUUCCGAGGCUGGUGUUUGUUGGUGGAUCACCAAAACCUUCCCAUAUUCUGACUGCGUCCUUGGAGUCCUUCUCUCCCCGCAGUGGCCGAACACCGAGAGAAAAUGCCAUAUACUGCAUGACUAUAGCCAGUACCUUCACAGAGAAGCCUUGGUUGAAGCAGCUGAGCAUAGCACGGACCCUGAUCAGGAAGCACGUCCACAUGAUGGCCUGAUACUCAUGGACCCUGGUGCCGCAGACAAGUCCAGAUCUGUCACCCAUCAGUCUGACUGCACCUCUCAUUGGCUGGCUGAAACACGGUGGACAGCGAAGAAUCCUUCAAAGUGACAACUGAGGAGUGUAUCUCAGGCUUCAUUGAAAAUAAACCUGUCUGCCUUUAUGUGCUUAGCAAGAUCUUGAAGCAAGAGAGAUAGACAGACAUUAUGGAUAUACACAUAUUAUUAAUGGAUAAUAUAGACAUCCUAUUAAUUAUAGGAUUUAUGAAUGUAGUCUUGUGUUUGACAAAUGUCCAAGUAGGACUGGCUUUACGGUUGAAACGACUCGCCUUUGGUUUAAAUUCAAGGCUAAGACAUUCAAUAUUGGUAGUUAUAGACUAUUACAGCCAAUAUUAGGAAUAUGAGAUCCUGCAGUCAACUACCACAGACAAGUUGAUCAACAAUCUAGAGAACUUUUUCCGUUGCCAUGGUCUCCCUAUCACCAUCAGGCCUGCAGUUCAUGUCCUCCCAGUCCCAUUCUGCCAGGACAACAUGACAAUGACACCGAAGUGGGCAGGAAAGUUCCCAGACCUGGAGACAGAUGCUGAACGAAAAGGGAAAUCCAAGAUUUACAUAGACAAAACACAAAAGACAUGGACUGAGAAUGAGGAGCACCAAAAUAAACACAUUGCAGAGUCAGACAGGGACUGAGGGGACCUUACACCCAAGCAUGAGAAACCCCACAGGCACAUCAAACUGUUGCAGAGACUAACAGACAUAAUCAUUAAAUAAACACAUACUAAUAUACUAACUAUACAAUACAAGGGGAAA